CUAAGAUAGGUCAUCCAAUUGGAAUUGAGCGAAAAAAGUUCGACUUUUAUGAUGGAUCCACAGUUACGUUAUGAGGCACAUCGGUAUGCUUUAUUCAACACUGGAGAUGAACAAGUUGAAAAGUUUAUCGAGGAACAUAAGAAUUUGAUGAGUAAUCAUACUAGAUCAAACGCAUGGGCAAGAGCAAGGAAUCAUAGUCGGGAAUUUAGCAAUUGGUUUGAAGAGAAAGUUAAAAAUGUUGAAGUACCCGAUUAUCUAAUAUGGCUGUCUAGAAUGCCUAAUGUGGUGGGUAAGAGAUACACUGCAUAUUUCAUUAAUGGAUACCGAUUUCAUACAAAAAGUCGGGACGCCCCACGAAAGACUCAAAAUAGUGGAGUGACUCUAGCAGCAACAACAUAUAGUUUUGCUAGUUCUAGGGACCAAAAUCCCAUAGAUGGCGAGGUUAUUUAUUAUGGAGUGAUUCAAGAUAUCAUUGAGAUUGAUUAUUAUGGCCAUUUUAGUGUUGUACUGUUUAGAUGUGAUUGGUUUCAUAAUGAAGUAGAUGAAUAUGGGUUAACUCGGGUAUACUUCAAUAAGUUAUGCAGUAAAGAUGAUCCUUUUGUGUUGGCAUCACAAGUUCAUCAAGUUUUUUAUGUGGCGGAUCCAGUUGAGAAAGAUGUUUAUUAUGCAAGGAAUAAAGUCCCUGUUGAUUUGUAUGAUCUAGAGAAAGGAUUGUCUAAUAAUAGGAGACACAUUUUGGAGGAGCCUAAUGAUGACAUUGGUCCAUCAACUAGAUUAGAUGACGGUGACAUUAGACGGUCAAGAGAAGAUGUGCUCCGGCGAUGUCGUUGA